CCUGUCAGCAAAAUACCUGUACACAAAAACCUCACCAUAAAUCAAAGCCUUCACUUCACAGGCUAUGUCUGUAGUUAGCAGGUACUAGAGGAGAGAAGUCAUCUGCAUUUGCUGUCGGCAAAGAUUUGGGAACCUGGGGAGCCAUGUCCAAUGACCUUGAUUUCAGGUCCGUGUGCUUCCUGAAGAACGACGGCAUGAACUUCCAGAAAGUCGCCUACACCAGCGAAGACGAGGCCUGGAAGAGCUACCUGGAGAACCCCCUGACAGCAGCCACCAAGGCCAUGAUGAGAGUGAACGGAGACGACCUCAGCCUCCCAGAAAACGCCGUGGGUCUAGAGGCCGCCCCAGCCCCUCUCAAGCCUGCCAUCCUCCUCCCCAGCACCAGCAAGCUGGAGAGCCCCCCCGAAAGCUACCCCAUGGCCUCUGGAGACGUGUAUGACAAUGGCUUGCUGAGCUCCCUCUUUGAGACCAUCCACGUGGUGCCGCCGCAGCAGAGAUGGCAGCCAGACAGCACUUUCAAAGACGACCCGCAGGAGUCGCUGCUCUUCGGCGAUCUCCUCAAGCCCCAGCUGGACCAGCCCUGCGCCGAGAGCGACCCUGCCGACGGCGCCAAGCGGAGUGACUUCGAAUACUCCCUGGGCUCCCCCAAAGCCGUCCACAUCAAAUCUGGGGACUCGCCCAUGGCGUACCUCAACAAAGGGCAGUUCUACCCCGUCACCCUGAGGGCGGCCGGAGACGGCAAAUGUUCACACUUGUCCUCCCGCAGAGUGAAGAGCACUGUGAUGAUCGUUUUUGACAAUGAAAAGAAUCCAACGGAGCAGCUGAAGUUCUGGAAGCACUGGCACUCGCGCCAGCCGACGGCCAAGCAGCGAGUCAUUGACGUUGCCGACUGCAAGGAAAACUUCAACACGGUGCAGCACGUCGAGGAGCUGGCCUACAAUGCCUUGUCCUUCGUGUGGAACGCCAACGAGGAAGCCAAGGUGUUUAUUGGGGUGAAUUGCCUGAGUACAGACUUCUCCUCCCAGAAAGGGGUGAAAGGCGUCCCUCUAAACCUCCAGAUCGACACCUACGACUGCGGCGCUGGCACAGCCCGGCUGGUGCACCGAGCCGUCUGCCAGAUCAAGAUCUUCUGCGAUAAGGGAGCAGAGAGGAAAAUGCGAGAUGACGAGCGCAAGCAGUUCAGAAGGAAAGGGAAAUGCCUGGACUCCGGUAACGGUGUGAAAGGCUGUUUGCUGACGGGCUUCCGAGGGAACGAAAUCACAUUCCUCAGGCCGGAGAUGGAUUUAGAAACCCAGCCCGUCUUGUUUAUUCCAAAUGUGCAUUUUUCAAAUCUGCAGCGAUGUGGUGUGGUGCUUCCUGCUGCUGCUGUUCCGACCGACGUAAACAGGAUGCCGUUAAAACGGAGCUGCCCCUCGUUCUCAGAUGAGUUCGCGCCGUCGCCUUCCAAGCUGGCCAAAGAGGAAGAUGCCAAGAGAGUCUUGCUGUACGUGCGGCGGGAGUGCGAGGAAGUGUUCGACGCUCUCAUGCUGAAGACGCCAGACCUCCAGGGACUGCGAAACGCUAUUUCAGAAAAAUACGGGCUGUCUGAAGAAAGCAUCUACAAAGUCUAUAAAAAAUGCAAACGAGGCAUCUUGGUGAACAUGGACAAUAACAUCAUCCAGCACUACAGCAACCACGCGGCUUUCCUGCUGGACAUGGUGGAAGCAGAGGAGAAAAUCCAGAUCACCCUCAAGGAGCUCUGAAGAGCCCAGGGCUGCACUUAGGUUGGGACUUCUCUCCGGAAGCUGGACCCAAAGCGAGCAAAGCCUGGUUGCCUGUACUUGACCAGGGCCCCCUCGGGGGCAGAGGCUCAGCGCUGGGACGCUGCUUCGGAGAAGUGCUUGGACAGUCCAGGAUCAAUGUGAACGUGGAACUUCUCUCUGUUGAAUUUAUUAUUAUUAAUUAUUAUUAUUAUUAUUAUUUGUAUUUUGUGUUUUCUCCCCCUCCCCAAGGUGGUUCACAGCCGGGAUGGCAGAUCCGCUCAUGCGGCCGCCCAGCAGCUGCCGACACAUAGACAAGCAACGGCUUUUGUUCUCCUUUUGUCUUGGCCGGUUGCUGACUCCUCCACUAGGCAGCAGCUUCCUACUAAGCCGUCAGCCACGCGGAACCUUCAAGCAGCCCUACCCCAGCCGGCAGCUCCGCUGUCCACAGAGACUUUCUCAGAUGCAUUUACACGUGGCUGCUACCCAGACGCUGUGGCUCUGAGCACAGCCCCUCCACCUCGCCCGGAUGGAAAUACCCCUUCUCAGCCAUUCUUUUCUACACUGCUGAUGUGCGCAUCCUUCUGUUUUGUACAUGUAUAAAUAGGCCUCGUUUUAUAUUUGACCCCGCACAGUGACCUCGAGAGCAUUUCAAAACCGGGCUGCUUCACUUGCCCCGUGACUGCGUUGUUAUAACUGUGGGCUUGGUUUUUUAUAUAUUCCCUAGUAAUAAAGUGACAGAGGUGGAAAGCA